CCGGCUGAAGCUCCAGGUGAACCAAGAUGGGAGGAUCCCGGUCAAGAGCAUUCUCAAAAUGUUCUCGGCUGACAAGAAGCGCGUGGAGACAGCCCUGGAAUCCUGCAGCCUGAAUUUCAACAGGAGCGAGUCGAUCAAACCCGAAGAAUUCACCCUGGAGAUCUUUGAGCGUUUCCUCAACAAGCUUUGCCUUCGUCCCGACAUUGACAAAAUCUUGCUGGAGAUCGGAGCCAAAGGGAAGCCGUAUCUCAGCCUCGACCAGCUGAUGGAAUUUAUCAACCAGAAGCAGCGAGACCCCCGUCUCAACGAGAUCUUGUACCCUCCCUUGACGCGGGCGCAAGUCCGCCAACUGAUCGCCAAGUACGAACCCAACCAACAGUUCCAGCAAAGGGAUCAGAUGUCCCUGGAGGGUUUUGGGCGCUACUUGGGGGGUGAAGAGAACACCAUUGUGCCGCCCGAAAAGCUGGACCUGAGUGAUGACAUGACGCAUCCGCUGAGCAGCUACUUCAUUAAUUCUUCGCAUAAUACCUACCUCACAGCCGGGCAGCUGACGGGCAAUUCCUCCGUGGAAAUGUACCGGCAGGUGCUCUUAAGCGGCUGCCGCUGUAUCGAACUCGAUUGCUGGAAAGGGCGUCCCCAGGACGAAGAGCCGUUCAUCACCCACGGAUUCACCAUGACGACGGAAAUCCCUUUUAAGGAGGUCAUUGAAGCCAUUGCGGAAAGCGCCUUCAAGACCUCGCCCUACCCAGUCAUCCUUUCCUUUGAGAACCACGUUGACUCAGCAAAACAGCAGGCUAAGAUGGCCGAAUAUUGUCGAAGCAUCUUCGGUGACGCCCUUCUGAUCGACCCCUUUGAAAAAUAUCCACUCCAGCCUGGCAUAGCCUUACCGAGCCCCCAGGAAUUAUUGGGGCGCAUUCUGGUGAAAAACAAGAAACGUCGCACCCACAUCAAGGGGACGGAAGGCAGCGUACGCAAACGGGUUUUGGAGCAGACGCCCAGUUCCUACAGCGACUCUUCUGGGGUGGGCGAGCCAGGUUCUCCCGCCUUGGGGUCUCCCUUUGCCGAGCAGCCGGAAAUCCUCUCCUCCAUCCUGACCAAUGGGGAGGAAAAGGCCUCGGACAGAAUGGCAAAACUAGGGGAGCCCCGCAAAUCUAUUGGUGAGACAACCCCAAACAGAGACCGGGAAGCUGAAAGCGAGGAGGAGGAAGAACAGCAAGAUCCCAAAAAGCCCACAACGGACGAGGGCACCGCCAGCAGCGAAGUGAACGCCACAGAGGAGAUGUCAACCUUGGUCAAUUACAUCGAACCGGUCAAGUUCAAGUCCUUCGAGGUGGCCAGCAAACGCAACAAAUCUUUCGAAAUGUCUUCCUUCGUGGAGACCAAAGGGUUGGAGCAGCUGACCAACAGCCCCAUGGAGUUUGUCGAAUACAACAAGAAACAGUUGAGCCGAAUCUACCCCAAAGGGACACGUGUGGAUUCCUCCAACUACAUGCCACAAGUCUUCUGGAACGCCGGCUGUCAGAUGGUGGCCCUCAAUUUUCAGUCCCUGGACUUGCCAAUGCAGUUGAACCUGGGCAUCUUUGAGUACAAUCGCCGGAGCGGCUACUUGCUGAAGCCCGAGUUUAUGCGACGGUCGGACAAGUUUUUCGACCCUUUCACCGAAGAUAUUGUCGAUGGCAUUGUGGCGAACACCGUCAAAGUGAAGAUCAUAUCCGGGCAAUUCCUCUCCGAUAAGAGGAUCGGCAUUUACGUCGAGGUAGACAUGUUCGGGCUGCCGGUGGACACCAAGCGCAAAUUUCGCACUCGGGCCUCGCAGGGCAACUCCUUCAACCCCGUUUGGGACGAAGAACCGUUCGUCUUCCAGAAGGUUGUGCUGCCAACCCUCGCCUCGCUGCGCAUCGCGGUUUUUGAGGAGGGCGGCAAAUUUGUGGGCCACCGGAUCCUGCCUGUCUCUGCCAUCCGGGCAGGGUACCACUAUAUUUGCCUGCGCAGCGAAAGCAACCAGCCCCUCUGCCUCCCAGCCUUGUUGGUUUACACGGAAGCUUGCGACUAUAUCCCCGAUGAUCAUCAAAAUUACGCCGAGGCUUUAAUUAACCCAAUUAAGCACGUCAGCUUAAUGGACCAGCGAGCCAAGCAGCUGGCCACCCUAAUGGGAGAGAGCGAGGAGAACGUGGAGAAGCCGAAGGAAUCUCUGUUGAGGAGCCCCUCUUGCCACACUAUGGGGCCGUCCCGGGAGGUCCAGAAGCCCCUCCCGGAUGUGUUACCCCCAACUCGGACCCCCAGCAUCGUCCCCAGUCAAGGGCAGAGGGAUGACUUGAUCGCCAGCAUCUUGGCAGAGGCCUCUCCGCCUUCCGUGGAAGAACUGAGGCAGCAAAAGGCUUUCGUGAAGUUGCUGAAGAAACAGUAUCGAGAGCUGAAGGAGCUCCGUCGCAAACACAUGAAAAAAAUUUGCAGCCUCAACAAAAAGCAAAACACGCAGCUGACAUUGGAAAGAAGCCGGCUGCGUAGCCGGGAAGGGUCUCAAAGCUCUUUAGAGGGAGCUCGACAAGGACAGGACCACGAGGAGGCCCAGCGGAAGAACGACCUCCAGGAAUGGCAGAUGCAGGGUCUGCUACGGCUGCGUGAGGCUCAGCACCAGCUGGAGAGGGAGCUGAAGCGAGACCACCUGCACCAGGCCCAGCAGCGCUUAAAAGACAUCGCCCAGGAUUACCAGACAGCACAACUGAAGAAGCUGAAAGAAACGAGCGAGAAAGAGAAGAAGGAACUGCAGAAAAUCCUGGAUCGAAAACGGCACAACAGCAUCUCGGAAGCGAAAUCUCGCGAGAGGAGCAAAAAAGAUGUGGAAUUAACUGAGAUCAACAGAAGGCACAUCACGGAGUCCGUAAACUCAAUUCGGAGGCUUGAGGAGGCCCAGAAACGACGUCAGGAAAAAUUACUUUUGGGACACCAGGAAAUCAUGCAGUUGAUUGAGGACGAAGAGCCACGGUUGGUAGCCCAGCUGGAACAAGAAUGGCAGCUGGAGUGCUGCUCCCUGACCCAAGAGAUUGGCCGGUUCCUUCAAGAAGAACUCGACGGGACGGUCAGCAACGGGCACCCCCCGGCCACCAGCGUCAGCUCCUUGCCCCCCGAAGACGAGCUGACGGUCCUGUGAAUCCAACGGAGAAUAAGGGACGUCCCCGAAGGCCGGCCGGCCGCCAACGAGAAGCAUGGGGCGGCCCGGGCAGUGUGGGGGGGGCAGCACCUUUGCAUGUUAAACACACCCCACGUAGGGACGGGGAGGUUAGGACCGGCCAAAAAAACACACUAAAGGCACUUCUUUCUGGUUUCCUAUUUUCUUUUUUUUUUUCCUUUUU